ACAGCAGCGUGCUCUCAAACAAGCAUUGCAGAGAAGUGCACGUGGAACAUUGACCCUGGCCCCGGAAGCCAGGGCAGUUCGGCCAAAGCGAUGAAGGAGGUGCUGGCCCCAUUAUGCCCACCGUGGAUGAUAUUCUGGAGGAGGUCAGCGAGUUUGGCCGGUUCCAGAAGCAAGCCUUCCUGACCCUGUGCCUGCUCUCAGCUGCCUUUGCCCCCAUCUACGUGGGCAUCGUCUUCCUGGCCUUCACCCCGGACCACCGCUGCCUGAGCCCCGGGGUGGCCGAGCUGAGCCGGCGAUGCGGCUGGAGCCUGGCGGAGGAGCUGAACUACACGGUGCCCGGCCCGGGGGCCAUGGGCGAGGCCUUCCCCCGCCAGUGCCGCGGCUAUGAGGUGGACUGGAACCGGAGCGCCCUCAGCUGCGUGGACCCUCUGGCCGGCCUGGCCACCAACAGGAGCCACCUGCCGCUGGGGCCCUGUCGCCACGGCUGGGUGUACGACACGCACGGCUCGUCCAUUGUGACCGAGUUUAACCUGGUGUGUGACGACUCUUGGAAGGUGGACCUCUUUCAGUCCUGCGUGAACCUGGGCUUCUUCCUGGGCUCUCUGGGUGUCGGCUACAUUGCAGACAGGUUUGGCCGAAAAUUAUGUCUCUUGGCCACCAGCCUCAUCAGUGCCGUCUUGGGCGUCCUCAUGGCUGCGGCGCAAGACUACCCAUCUCUGCUGCUCUUCCGCCUGCUGCAGGGGCUGGUCAGCAAGGGCAGCUGGACGUCUGGCUAUGUCCUGAUCACAGAGUUCGUGGGCUUGGGCUACAGGCGAACAGUGGCGAUCCUCUACCAGAUGGCCUUCACGGUGGGGCUCCUGCUACUCUCAGGGGUGGCCUACGCCAUCCCUCACUGGCGGUGGCUCCAGCUGGCCAUCUCUCUGCCCGCCUUCCUCUCCCUGCUCUGCUACUGGUGUGUGCCCGAGUCUCCCCGAUGGCUGCUAUCACAGAAGAGAAACACUCAAGUGAUAAAGAUAAUGGACCAUAUCGCCCAAAAGAAUGGGAAAUCGCCUCUCGCUGAUCUAAAGAUGCUCUCUCUCCAAGAGGAUGUCACUGAAAAGCUGAGCCCCUCCUUUGCAGACCUGUUCCGCACGCCACACCUGAGGAAGUACACCUUUAUUCUGAUGUACCUGUGGUUCACCAGCUCCGUGCUCUACCAGGGCCUCAUCAUGCACGUGGGCGCCACGGGGGGGAACCUCUACCUGGAUUUCUUUUACUCUGCUCUGGUUGAAUUCCCGGCGGCCUUCAUCAUCCUCGCCACCACUGACCGCUGUGGCCUCAUCCGCCCCUUGGCCGCGUCCAAUCUGGUGGCAGGCGCAGCCUGCUUCGUCAUGGUCUUUCUCUCACAUGAUCUACACUGGCUAAACAUCACAGCGGCUUGUGUUGGCCGAAUGGGAAUCACCAUUGUGUUCCAGAUGGUGUGCCUGGUGAACGCCGAGCUGUAUCCCACGUUCAUCAGGAACCUUGGAGUGAUGGUGUGUUCCUCUCUGUGUGAUCUGGGUGGAAUCAUCACCCCCUUCCUGGUCUUCAGGCUGAUGGAGGUUUGGCAAGGCUUGCCACUCAUUUUGUUCGCGGUGCUGGGCCUGGCUGCCGGGGCAAUGACGCUGCUCCUCCCCGAGACCGAACGGGUCACCUUGCCAGAGACCAUCGAGGAUGUGGAAAACCUCGGGAGGAUAGCAAAGCCCAAAGAAAACAUGAUUUACCUUCAGAUCCAAACAUCAGAACGCACUGGCACCUGAGAGAGACGCUUCGCUGGGACUGAGUGGCAGAGAGGAAGAUGGGGUUAUCAUCUGAAGAAAAGCUUAGAAACCCGGAUUUCUCUGUGCUCUUCCUCAGACUUGCCUGCCCCUGAACCAGUAGCCUGAAGAACACUAAAUGCGCUUUGUUUUAUUUUCUUUCUCUGAAAUCUCCUAAAGCCCUGGCUAUCUUUUAUCUGCUUACCUUUCCUAGUGAGAGCUGUUGGUAGUUACCAGUUACUUAAUUACCUAAAGUAUUUGGAAGAUCCAAUAGAAUUUAAGUAUUGCUAUAAAAGAGGCCUCUGUCACCGGUUUCCUAGAGGAGGUGCUGUUUUAUUCACAUUCUGAAAGAAAAUGUCUUUGUGUCUGCAGUAUAAUUUCUUGGCAAAAGUAUUUUAACAUGUAGCCUUCUCGAAGGGCACUUGGUUUUCAAACAUGGCGGCACUUCCCGCAAACCAUACCUGAAUCACGUUGAAAGUGUCAUCCUCCUCUGAAGGCCAGAAUUACUGUAACCUUUUUAGGAAGCGGUUUCUGUCACCUAUGCUCCAGGAAUAUUAUAUUCGAUUUCACUCUUGGUUUUCGUUCUUGUUGGUGAUUCUAGAAGGUAAACUCCUACGCUAACUGCAAAAUACUGUAGUAAAUAUAUCAAAAAGAGUUUAGUUUACUGUGAGAAAUGUAGUAACUGGUUCAAGUUCUGGUUGAAGAAGCGAUUUCAUUCCUAGAGUACACCAAAACCUUUAUUUUAAAAUUUCUUUACCUGUGAAAUAAUCCGAAGACCACAUAAUAGCCAGGCUUCAGAGUGCAUUGGGAAACCAAGUUUCUAAUGUGAAUGGGAGGCAGCUGAAAGCCAGGUGCUUGUGUUACAAACACUUCUGGCCUGGUGGGCUAAGCUCAGGGACAGUCUCAGGGACAUGAGACCGUGGCAUUCAGGCCUGAGCAGCAUUUGGUCUUCCUUUGAGAAUGGACAUUGGUUACUUGGAAACCUGAAGCUUUGUCCUUGACAACAAAACAAAACAAAACAAAACAAAACAAAACAAAACAAAA